ACGUCAAACAGAAUAACCGUUAAACCUUUCAUUCUCUCUGACAGACAGCUCAACAUCUACUCAUGUGUUGCACUUGAAAAAGUUCAUGUCAAAACAAUAACAAACUGCACGUGGCAAUGUUUACCACCUGGCUGGGGCCAGUCCCUUGGGACAGACAACACACUUCGCAAAUGCCGCCCCUUUUCGACCAGACAGACAAGCUACAUUGUUAAAAUGUUUGGCCCGGGCCACUAGGCUACUAUAAAUUGCUGGAAUGCAUCCAGGCCACAGACAUUAUUGAUGUGGAGUUCCAGACGCCUGUACAUGAUUUUCGCGAAGAUUACAAUGCAAAGAAACCUCAUCGCUGAGGAGAGCAGCCUCGCCCCGCCCCCGACCCAUUAUUUCGACAUGUGGCAUGACUACAUGAACCUAGGGAGGCUGCUGGAGAAACUGUGUGACGUCGCAGAUCAGACAGAGACCUCCUAUACCCAGCUGAAGGAGCAAGUACCGGACGCCGAGGACCAGACCGGUCGCCAGGAGCAACCGUGGUUUCGUCUGAACUCGAUCGGGACUGAGAGCCUGAGUUCUGCAAGCAGCAUUUCAGACAACACGAGCCACAGCAUGGCUUCCGGCGAUUACUGCGGCUUCUGCAAGCAAAAUGGAGAAACGGCAGAGAUCUACCGGAGCCACAAACUGAAAUCCAAAGACGGCAAAGUCAUCUGCCCCAUUCUGAGGACCUACAUUUGUCCUAUGUGUGCCGCCACCGGAGACAAAGCUCACACGCGCCGAUACUGCCCACAGCGCAACGAAGUAGUGCCGAAAUACCGGUGGGCUGUGGAGUAGAAAAUAGUUAAAUCAAUCUGUAAAUAUGUAUGUAGAAAAUAUAUCCAACGUUCUUGUUCACUGUUAGGUAGGCCUAUUUUUACCAUAUUUUUUUACGCAAAGUGGCCAAUGCGCCUUUGACAUGUUCUGUUAUAAAAAAUAAAUAAACCUAUUUUCGUACAUGAAAUCGUAUGUGUUCACAAUCUUCUCAUUCAGGUGUACUAGCUCCUUAUAAAACAUUAACUCUCCUGCCAAAAUGCACCCUAUUGUUAUGUGGGAAAGAAAUCAUAACAUGUUAAUUACAUAUUAUAGUUUUAUUGAUGGCAAUUACCCAUGGAUCUUAUUUUAUUACUCAUCCAGUAACAAUCAUGGCUUUAAAAUGAAAUCGACUUCCUUAUUAUCCAAAGUCACCCUAGUCCAUUUAAACAAGCAAUAGAAAAAUAUAUACUAAUACUUUGUACAAUACUGGUUUUGGUCCAAACAAAAGUGGAUCAGAAAUGCCAAUAUACUUUUAGUCUUCAAAGGAUCCCAAUUUGCAUUUAAGUUUUUUUAAAUGGAUUUCAGGCAACUUUGAAUAUAGGGAUUUACAUAAUAAAUUCUAAUGACAAAAAUGCUGAAUGCGGAGUUGGUUUAACACACAAAUUCAACUUCACAGAUAAAAAAAAAAAGCAAAUGACUAUUUACAGGUUUUUAUAAUAUUCAAAGGCCAAUUAAGAGAGAGCGGCAGAAGGUGAAGGGAAAGAACAUGAAUCAUAAUAAAGGGAAGAGAAAGAGGGAACAAGAGAAAAUAUGAGAAUAAAGGAGAGGAGAGCGACAGAGGGG